CCGGUUCUGUCUUCCGCCGUUUCCUGCGUGUGACCUAAAACGUCCUCCAGGCACUGAGGGGGAGAGAACGACCGGUUGUCGCAGCAGUCGGGUAUUUUACAGCGUAGAUAGGAGCAUUAACCACCCAGAACAUGGUUUUCGAGGAGAAGAUGAUCACGAACGGUGAGCCCGACGAGGAGGAAGAAGAGGAAGAAGAAAUGGUGGACCCUUUAGAGACCGUGCGUCAGAAGUGCGAGCAGACAGAGCACUGUAUCCAUACACGAGAGAGGCUGGAGGCAUGUGAGACCAGGGUAGGGUCACGGUCGCAUUCAGAAGAGGACUGCACAGAGGAGCUUUUUGAUUUCCUGCAUGCACGGGACCACUGCGUGUCACAAAAGGUGUUCAGUUCGCUUAAGUGAAGCUGCUGAUGUGCCAGUCAACACCUGUGGUGUCACACAGCUGUGGAUUCUGUACUGAAAUGCAAUGAACAAACUGUUCUAAUAGAGUCCAUUGUUUUCCUUUGCUGUAGAACAGGGAACAUUUGGAAUCCACGACUGAUCUUAUGUGCUGAUGUGAAUAAAUUAAAAUUCUUAUGAAAA